AUGUUGGACCCUCAAUCUGGCGUAGAAUUGAAUCUUGAUAUCGUACAACCCCUUACUCGGCAUGGUAUUGUGCUGUGUAUUGUGAAUGCACCGACAUUCCUAGAGAUAGUGGAUACCAUUCGCAACGCACCAAAAACGCACCCAUUUCCAUACCGACAUAUAUUGCCUAGUGAACUAGUACCUACCUUAUACAAGAUGGCGAUAAAGGAUCCUAUCGAGAUCAUAGUAACACUCUCUCUGUGUGGUGGGACCUUGGCUAUGGAUGGUGCAACUGUAAUGAGAGAAGAACUUAUCAACAUAGUGGGGAAGCUCGGGGAUCGCGAUAGUCCCUUGCCAUAUGCCAGUCUGAAUAACAAGCCAUAUACAUCCUUGGGCGAGAAGAAGACCGAACAGUUGUAUGCUGAUGCCGUAGUCCACGUCGUAAAACGGCUGCCUUAUGGUAUGGUGGCAGAUACUUGUUCGUAUUUGUGUCUGAUAUAG